ACAGCAACCAGCAAAACUCGACAAGCAGCGAGCGAGGAGCAGUAAAAAAUCUAUGGUUCAUUUAAUUUAUCCCUUCUAUAUUUUGAAGUCAUUAAAUUUAAAUGAAAUGUGUUUUUGACGUGACUUGCCUUGUGAUUUUUAGCGCUUACCGAAAGAUAUAUAACUAAAUGUUAGAUAACAAUAAUAAAUAAUGUAGCAGCAUGUUAUCUGGAAUUCAGUUUCGAUGGUCGUAUCACUCGUACCUCCGCAAUAUGAUUGAAAAUUUUCCUUACUAAUGUCAAUUUUAAUUAUAACAUGCGAAUAAAACGCACACUUUUAAUAAUAGGAUUAAUAUUUGUAAUAUGGACUUGUGUAUUAUUUCUAACAUACCAUCCUGGACACUCCAACGAAAUUUCAAGAAAACUAAAUCAAGAAAUUGUGAUUUUGGAACAAGGCAUAUCAGAGGAGUUUGCAAAGAAUGAUGUUAUGAUAAAAGACGCUCAAAAAUUACUAGAGGAUAGGAAGAAAUUAGACCAAAUCAAAGACAAGUUAAUGCCAAAAGAAUUACAAAAUGUUAAGAUUCCAGUAUUGGUAUUUGCUUGUAAUAGAGUAACAGUUACUAGGUGUUUAGAUAGUCUUAUUCAAUACAGACCUGACCCUGAUCAGUUUCCAAUAAUUGUCAGCCAAGAUUGUAAUCAUGAUGAAACAAAAGAUGCCAUAGAAAAUUAUGGUACACAAGUUUCCCUCAUCCAGCAUCCUGAUCAAUCUGAAAUCCAAGUUCCUCCAAAGGAGAAAAAAUUUAAAGGUUAUUUUAAGAUAGCCCGACAUUAUGGUUGGGCUUUAAACCAGAUGUUCUUUAAUUUCAAUUUUAGUACUGUAAUCAUAGUAGAAGAUGAUUUAGAAGUUGCUCCAGACUUUUUUGAAUACUUUAUGGGCACUUAUCCCCUUUUAUUAAGGGAUAAUUCACUAUGGUGCAUUUCAGCUUGGAAUGAUAAUGGAAAAGAAGGUCUAGUGAAUCUACAAAGGCCAGAUUUAGUUUAUCGUACAGAUUUUUUUCCGGGAUUAGGAUGGAUGCUUACUAAAAAUGUAUGGAUGGAACUUUACACAAAGUGGCCAAGAGCUUAUUGGGAUGAUUGGAUUCGAGAACCCCUACAAAGAAGAGAAAGAUCAUGCAUUAGGCCAGAACUUUCAAGAACCAGAACGUUCGGAAAGACCGGUGUUUCCAACGGAAUGUUUUUUGAAAAACAUUUAAAAUUCAUUAAAUUAAAUGAAGAGUUUGUGCCUUUCACCAAGCUGAAUCUUAGCUACUUAUUGAAGGAAAAUUAUGACAAUGAUUUCGUUAAAAAAGUCUACCAAAGUCCAGUAGUAAAUUAUGAAGAUCUCAAGGCAGAUAAAGUAACUUUCCAGGUUCCAGUUAGAGUUACUUAUCGAUCUCGAGAGGAUUAUAAGAGAAUUACAAAAAAAUUAGGGUUGAUGGACGAUUUCAAAAGUGGGGUCCCUCGAACAGCUUAUAAGGGAAUAGUAACAUUCCAUUAUAAAGGAAAAACGGUACACUUAGCGCCAAAUGUAAACUGGAAAGGUUAUGACGUCACGUGGAGUUAGUUAUAAAUGUUAGAAUAAUUUUACUGACCAUUUAUUUUUGUAAUUAUUUAUGUUACGUUAAAAAAAGUAACUAAUUUAUUUUCCCUUGUGAUAUUUUACUUAUUGAACUCCCUUAUUGGGUGUUGUUAAAAAGAUUUUUUUGUACAUAACUAGCUACUCUUCGAUGUAAAUAUGACAAAUUAAAUUAAUUAUGGUUGUGAAUUGUGUAUUAUUUUGAACAGUGUUCA